CGACCCUUAGAAUUUCAACAUGCAGAAAUUUAAAAUAGCCCAGGCGCAAAACAAGCUGUCUAUUGAGAGACACUUGGAAGCUAUUGCGUUAUUGAAUUCGUCCAGCGAGGACGAGGACGAGACAAAUGAGGAAGACGCGCAACAUUUGGUGGAUAAAGUAAUAUCCGCUUAUCAAGGGCAAAGAACGGAUGCGGAGAAAGUGAUAUCGUAUUUGAUUAAUUCUCUUCAAUCCAGCAGCGCUGUCUGCCUGAUAUGCAUAUCAACUGUCAAAAAGACAGAUCCGAUAUGGAACUGCUGCAAGUGUUACGCAUUUAUGCACAUGUCCUGUAUCUCACAUUGGAUCAAUGACAGUUUGAGAUACAAACGGGAUAAAGGAAUCACACCAAUUUGGGCAUGUCCAAAGUGUCGUACGGAAUAUGAGCAAAACCAGGUUCCGAGAUCGUACGAAUGUUUCUGUAAAAAGAUCGUUGAUCCUACGUAUCAACCGUGGAGCAUUCCGCAUUCUUGCGGCGAAACGUGCGGCAAGCUCCUGCAACCGGAAUGCGGUCACAAAUGCGUCCUGCUUUGUCACCCCGGUCCGUGUCCGCCUUGCGCAAAAACGGUUAGUAUUAAAUGCUACUGCGGCAAGCAGCCGGCGCAGCUACGUCGAUGCAACGCCAAAAAUUGGAGCUGCAAAACUAUAUGCAAGAAAAAAUAUGAGCAUUGUUCGCACUCUUGUAGUAGUUUGUGUCACUCCGGAAAAUGUCCUCCCUGUGAAGAAGUAUUAUUAUUGAAAUGCCGUUGCAAGAGCAACGAGAAAGAAGGUAGAUGUUCCGAGAGCACGUGGAUUUGCGAGAAACCUUGUAACAGAAAAUUCUCCUGCAAUGUGCACGUUUGCGAGAGCACUUGUCAUUCACCCGACGAUUGUGGCAAUUGUCCUUUGGAGAAAAAUCGAACUUGUCCAUGCGGAAAGAAACGAUACGAGGUUUCGUGCGAGCAGCAGCAGGUGCCGACGUGCGGCGAUACCUGCGGCAAGCUGUUGGACUGCGGAUCGCACUACUGCAGCAUGAGGUGUCACACCGAUCGUUGCGGUCCGUGUUUAGAAGUGGUGACCAAGUCCUGCAGAUGCGGCAGUUAUACGAAGGAACUGGCCUGUGUGAAGGAAUAUCACUGCAACAAAAAGUGCACGCAGAUGCGCCAGUGCGGCAAGCACUUGUGCAACAGGAAAUGUUGCGACUGCGUAUUGAAGAAUACGCUCAAUCCCUGCGAGAGAACGUGCGAAAAUACGCUCAAAUGUCGUAAGCACAAAUGCGGCGCUCCCUGUCACAGUGGCCCGUGUUAUCCGUGCAACAGAACGGAUGUCAUACAGUGUCGAUGCGGCAGUAACAAAAUAACGGUGCCGUGCGGAUCCAAGAGGAGAAAAUCGCUACCGUGUAACAAACCCUGUAAAAUUCCACCCAUCUGCCACCACAGCAAGCAGGAAACGCACAAGUGUCAUCAAGGUCCGUGCCCACCUUGCAAGAAGAUUUGCGGCAUCACGUACAAGAGAUGCGGCCACUCGUGCCAGGCCACUUGUCACACCAAGGUCUACGUGAAGGUCAAAACACAACCGUCGGUCGGUUAUCCUUGGGAUAACAAACACGAAAGGAUAACAUCAAGGGACGGUAUAAAGCAACUGAAAACCUUACCGUGUCCACCGUGCGAGGUUUCCGUGCCCGUGACUUGUCUCGGAGGUCACGAGACGCGUCUUUGGCCGUGUUACAUGUCGAAACCGAGUUCUUGCGGCAGAAGCUGCGACCAAUUACUGUCGUGCAAGAAUCACACCUGUGAAUUGAUCUGCCACAAGAUACGGAACAGCGAGAGUAAAUCUGACGACAAUGGUAUUCCGUGCAUGGAAUGCGAAAAGUCGUGUCAGUUCGCGCGUCCGCAGGGUUGCACACAUCCGUGUCUACAACCUUGCCAUCCGGGAUCGUGCGAACCGUGCAACCAGUUGGUGCGAGUCUCGUGCCAUUGCGGUAUCAGCACUCUUUACCGGCAUUGCGUGGACCUGACGUCCGCGACAAACGAGAAACGAGACGAGUUACUCAAAUGUGGAAAUCAAUGUCCUAAAAAUUACUCUUGCGGCCAUCGCUGCGUCAACGAUUGUCACUCGGGACCAUGUAAAGGCGGAGAAGAAUGUAGCAAGAAAAUCAGAUUAUGGUGCAAAUGUAAACGGAUAAAAAAAGACUUUUUUUGCUCAUUGCUACAGAAAGAACAGAUCACUGUGGAAUGUGACAAUAUAUGCGAGUCACUGAUGAAUGAGAGAAAAGAAGCUGAGGAAGCUAGGAUGGCGAAGAAGCGUGAAGUGGAAGAGCUGCGUAAUCGAAAGGAGAUUGAGAAAUUUCAGAAGAAAUUCAAGCCAAGACGAAAGAGGAAAGACAAGUACGAGAAGUCGGAGCAGUUGCGAGAAAACGUGGGAACGAGAGCUUGGAAACUUUUCAAAGGCUUCUUUUUUAAUUGGAAUAUUUUAUUAAUCAUUGUAAACUUUGUACUCGUGGUAGCAUGCGUAAUAUGUAUAUUAGCAAUAGUUGCAAUGUGGAAUAACGCAGCCGAAUCUAAUUUGCAAAUUAUUGACAUACAAUGAGCCAAACAUCGAAUUUUAUUGUCAUGUGCACAAGAAAUAUCAUUAUUGACAAGAGGCUACAAGAGGAGCUCAGAGGAGAGUACAAGAGGCUUUAUAUAUUGUAGAAUAAUUUUCACAAUAAAUUCCAUUUUAUUAGUUUAUACAUAUAUAUAUAUAUAUAUAUAAAUAUGUAUGUGUCGAAAUAUAAAUAUUGUUGUUUACAACUUUGAAUGUGUUAUAAAACACGCGAAUAAAAUUCUUUUGAAAGAAAAAACUCAUUUGUGUUUGCCUUUAAGAAUGUACAAAAAGGUCGAUCGAACAAAUCUCGUAAAGAUAUAGUACUGCUCGUACAUAUAUUUGCAUAAAAAUUCGUAAAUAUAAAUAUAAAAAAAUGUAAAAAAAUGUGUGUGCUCGCGUAUCUUAAUCUCAAAUACAAUAUGUAUCAGACUUACGUUUCUAACUGUAGUGGCAAUGAGAUCGAGAAUGCUCUACAUUUACGUCGAUAUAAAAUAUUAAAAACGCGGCUACUACAACAUGUAGCUGCAAUAAAUUUGUGCAUUUUGUUAUAUUUUAUAAUAUAAUUUGAACUAUUACAAUAAGGCAAAGAUUGUUUCUCUGUGUAACAAGGCACUUUUAAUUUACAACAAGUUCAUAACUUCAUAAACAAGAGACACGUAUAAAUUGUCCGUAAAUAUCACGGACAACAUAACAAAUAUUACGUUAACGAAGUACGUAAGUGAAUAAAGUCACAUAAAUUGUU